AUCCGUGUCCUCUAACCUCAAUGUUGGCCUUCGGCGUUCGCCGAAAAACUGACGGAUAGGUCAACUCCGAGGCAUGCUCAUCGCUCUGGCAGCGAUACUCAUCAUCAUCUGUGCCUACUCAGCAUUCCUCACCUUCGUAAGCCAGCGUGUCGAACCUCCUUCACCGAUGGCUGGAAAAUUCAAUCCACGCAGCCUACAGGCUAACUUAAAUAUAACGAACGAUGAUGACAGUGACUUGUUGACCGAGCAGAGUUCCAUCUUAAAUUUGAGCGGCGAUGACGAUGACGGGAAGGAAAAUGAAUCGCUACAAUACACGGAGAUGCAGAUCGAAGAACCGCCGAGCUUUUUUAAUUCUCAGUACCUGAACCCCAGUCUUGCGUUUAAAAAAAAAUCCAAGCAACCAAAACCGGUUGAAAACGAGGAGGAGAAUGAAGAGGAGGAUAAUGAAAACACCGAGGAAAACGAAGACGAAGAGGCCGACGUUUUCCAACGAAAAGAGUUCAAAAAACGGGGAUCAGUGAACAACACCAACGUCUACGACGUUCCCAGCGAUCAGAGCGAAAGCUCAAGCUCCAGUUCGAGUUCGCGAAGGGGUCGCCAGCCCCGCAAACCCCGCAAGUCGCGAAAACGCAAAAAGCUUGACGAAUCCAGUUCCGCGACGUUGGAAAAACGCUCGAUUUUCAACUGGCGUGAAAAGCGGGACGAGGCGAUAAGGAACAAAGUGACGAGGAUGGAAGCGGCGAAGGCGGUAUUGAGCAAGGGUACUUCCGGUGUUGGCGACCAGUCGAUUGCUCCGCAAACUUCUCACGACUUUGUUCCUGACUUGGGGAGUUCCUCUACGAAUGCUCCGGACGAAUGCCACAGGAAAAUAAUCAAGCACAUCACCAUUGCUUUGGAGGGAAAAGAGGUUCCCACCCCCAAGGAGGUGCACCAUGAACAACUGCAAAUCGCCGGUGUCAACGUCAAGUUUCCGGUGAAACCUUAUCCGUCGCAGAUUGCCGUUAUGAACAAGCUGAUUCAAGGAUGCAAGAAAUCGGAACACUGUUUAUUGGAGAGUCCUACCGGAAGCGGGAAAACCCUGGCGCUGCUUUGCGGAGUUCUGGCCUGGCAGGAGAAGGAGCAGAAGGAAUUUCAGCAGCAUGUUAUAGAAUCUUUGCGCCGAGUGAAUGCAGUAUCGUUCGAAACGAAAUCCGAGUCCGAUGAUAAAGGCGACAAGGUAUGUGUACCGUCGACUACGGAAGCGGAAAAUGGUAAACCUAGGCGGAGCUGCGCGGAGAACUGCAACAAUGUUAUCGAGAUUUCCGACGACAAUGAUUUUCAACCGUGUAAAAAAAUUUGUCGUUCGCAAUCGUCAAACUCCAUGUGCCAAGCCGAAAAGACAUCCACGCAAAACGUCGGAGAUGACGACAUCGAUGCGCUCUUUGAAAACCCGAAAGUAAAAAGAAAGGUACCAAAAAUAUAUUACGGAUCGCGGACGCACAAGCAAAUAGAGCAGGUGAUCAGGGAAUUGAAGAAAACUGCGUACGCCUAUAAAAAAAUGACGAUACUGAGCAGCAGGGAGUUCACUUGCAUACAGGGGGGUGAUCAGAAUAAAACCGAGUUAUGCACAAAGCUCCUGGAUCCAACCAAGGGUCAAGGGUGCAGGUAUUUCAGCGAAAAAGCUAGAAACAGAAUAUCGACAAACUGGGCUCUACACGGAUUAGGAAUCAACGGACCUUGGGAUAUCGAAGAUUUGGUGAAAGUUGGCAAACAAGAAGCAGCCUGUCCCUAUUUUGCAGCGAGGGAUCUUAUGAUGGAAGCCGAAAUUAUUUUCUGUCCUUAUAAUUAUUUAGUUGACCGAAAUAUACGCGAAAGUAUGCAAAUAAAUCUCCAAGGUGCGAUCGUAAUUCUUGACGAGGCUCACAAUAUCGAAGAGAUGAGCAGGGAUGUGGGAAGCUUGUUCUUUCGGGUAGAUAAAAUUUCAGAAGUUAUAGCCGAGUCCAAGCUGCUUUGUAUAAAACGAAAAGAGGAUUACGCUACGUAUAAAACAAUUGAAACGUAUCUCGAGAAUCUUGUGGAAUUCAUUCACGUCAAUAACCUUAAUACGGUGGACAAAUUCAGCGAAACGUGUAGCAGCGAUUUUUGGACGGGUGUUCAGCUUUGCGAAUUGUUCAAUAUUCACUCGUUGGGAAAGGAAACUGCGAUAAGAUUCGAUAAAGCUGCCGCAGAGGCAAUAAUGGAUUUCAACAAAGCAAAAGAGGAGAUGUCUAACAACCAGGAAAUUGAACCAUUCCCUGUAAUAACACCAAUGACGAAAAGGUUUUUGGAAGAUCUCACACUCGCUCUUCAAGUUAUGGCAUCGGAAAAACUCGCCAGCGAUUACAGGGCCUGCAUUGUAGAAGCUUAUGUCAAAGAUUUUUCCCAAGGGUAUUCCGAAAAGCGUUUGCGCACUCUUCAGAUGCUCUGCAUGAAUCCAGCCGUCGUUUUUGCGCCUUUAGCGAACGCUGCAAGGUCCGUCGUUCUCGCAUCCGGCACUCUGUCGCCAACAAGUUCGUUUCAAAGUGAAUUGGGAACUGCCUUUCCACACAAGCUAGACGCAAAUCAUGUCGUGCCGAAAGAAAAUGUCUACAUUCGAGGAAUUGGAUGCGGCCCGACCGGAGUUCAGCUCAAGGCGAACUACGCCAAUGUGAACUCCUUGAGUUUUCAAGAUGAAUUAGGAAGGCUGGUUCUCGAUGUUUGCAAAGUUGUGCCGCACGGAGUUCUCUGCUUUUUCUCUUCAUACAGUAUGAUGCAAAAGCAGAUAGACAGAUGGAAGCUAAAUUCUACUUGGGAACACCUAGAAGGUAUGAAACAUGUCCUUCAGGAGCCACGAGGAUCCAGUAACCUCGAACCGGUGAUGCAGAAAUUCAGAGAAAUCAUUAAAUCGACAUCGGAAGGGCCGCAAGGCGGCAUUACGGGAGCUCUGUUGCUCGCAGUUUUUAGGGGGAAAGUCGCUGAAGGAAUUGACUUCAGCGAUAACGAGGCACGGUGUGUCAUGGCGGUCGGGAUACCCUACGCUGUCAGAAAAGAUCCCUCGGUAGAUACGAAAUUCACGUACAAUGACAUGAAUCAGCCAAGAGGUUUGCUCAAAGGUGGCGAGUGGUACACUGUGCAGGCCUUUAGGGCAUUGAAUCAAGCGCUCGGACGUUGUGUCAGACAUCGAAACGAUUGGGGAGCCGUACUUCUUAUCGACCAACGGUUUACCGAAAAAUCCAGUUACAACUAUUUACCAAAAUGGGUAAAGACAAUGUGGAGAGAUUCUGCGCGGUAUAAUCUCACCCAAGAACUAGAGCAGUUUGUUGGCAGACAUGUGGAAUGAACAAAAAAUGAAAAAUCUGGUUCCGUUGAGCAAAAAGUUUUGUCUCCGUAACAUAUGCAUACAGACUUUGAAAUAUUAUCGUGUUGAUCCUUAACAACCGUUGUUACUUCCGGUGAAUAUAUUCGUCUUAUCUUACGAAUCAGAAAUAGUUUCUAAUCAUUACUCUCUGUGACUCUACCAAACAUCAAGAAGCAAUAAUGCACGAUCACAACACUUUUUCGUAUUUAUGUUUUUAGUAAGUUGUAUUACACCAGUUUUGCAAACUAAUUUUUGGCCGCUUCACCAAUUUUAUAAUUGUACCUUGUGAAGUUCAACAGACGAUAGCCUUUGUUAGGUGCUACGCAAUAACUACGAGAUGAUGUUAAUGGGCAUCAGAAAUAACAUUCCUAAUUUCAUAUUACAAGGUAAAUACCUCCGUAUAUUCCCGCUUGAUGCGCGUAUGUAGGGAGAUUUCUUUUUACAUAUUAUUUUCUUUUUUAAUAUUAGAACCUUAUUCCAGUAAUAUUUAGUUUAGAAAUGAGUAUUUUGGAGUGUUUUUUGUUUGGAAUUUUCCUGCACUGAAAUGCAAGAGCAAAAUGUAAUGUGUUCUUAAAUGUACUGAUGGUGCAAAUUGAAAGUUGAUGUACGUCUGUAAUUGUGUGAAGAAGUGAUUUUAUAAAGAAAAUUUGAAUCGUUUGUACAAGAUAAGGUUGUACCAUGUUAUUUCAUUUAAGUUAGGGAUUAAUUACAUAUUCGUUGUAUCACGUUUCUCCAACUUCCUUAAGUUUUUUUUCUUCAUCUUCUUUAUCUUUGAUGUAUUUUUUAUCUGCAAUUACAGAAUUUCAUUUUAUCACUUGACAAGAAAUGUUCAUAUUACACGUAUACUAAAAAUAGAUCAAAAUUUCAUGAAGAUUUAUAUAUUGUGAAAUCCAGUGAACUUACAACUUGUACAAUUUCACUUUUUUUUCUAUUCUCUUCGGCUCGCUUCAGGUUCUCAAUUCUUCUUUGUUUUUUUGCCUCUCUUUCUGAUUCACGUCGAGCAAUAACAGAUCUCGAUAACUCUUUGAUACGCUUCAUGUCAUCCCUUAAUUUUUGCUUCUUUUCAAAGGAGAGACGAGUACCCCGAGUUUUAAUUAUUGAUGAAAAUCUAA